AUGACCAGCGACGCGAAGUCGAGCCAUGCCUCGCUUUCAGAGAGACUGAAGUACAUUGAGCAGAUGCUCGGGGACUCCGUCAGCAAGCAUGCGCAGGAACUAGCAGAUGCAAAGUCGAAGCUGGACGAUAUGCAUCUGCGUGUCUCUGGAUGCGAGGCUCAUGGAGAUACGCUCAAGAAGGACCACAGCGGUAGCAAGGCCCAGCUUGAGGAAAAGCUCGCAGAGCAUCACGCCACGCUGGCGCAGCGCCUGGACUUCCUGGAGAAGGCCAUGGGGGACUCCUUCGAGAAGCAUGCGAAGGAUAUGGCAGCAAAGGUGGAUGCCGUGCAUAGCCGGGUUGCUGAUGAACGAGCGGCCAGGGAGGCCCAUGGAGCAUCCUUGGACACCCUCAAGAAGGCCCACAGCAGCCUGCAAAGCGAGAAGCUGGCGCUGGAAAAGAACCAUGCCAGCUUGGUUGACCGGGUUGAGAAGGUGCACAGUGCCCUCACCAGCCAGAAAGCGCAGCAGGAUGUCACGCAUGCGUCUUUGAGGGAGCGGGUGGACUUCCUGGAGUCAUCCGUUGGCGACAAUGCUGACAAGCAUGGCAAGGCGCUAGCUGAGCUCCAUGCAAAGAUGACCAACGACACCAAGUCAAGCCAUGCAACGCUUUCCGAGCGGCUGGAUUACGUCGAGCAAAUGCUGGGGGAUUCUGCGGGCAAACAUGCGCAGGAGAUUUCAGAUGCGCGGGCAAAGCUCGAUGAAAUGCAUGCGCGCAUCUCCGGGUGCGAGGCUCAUGGAGAGCACAUUGACUCGCUCAAGCAGGCACACUCCAUGAUCUCUGGCGGCAAGGCUAAGCUUGAGGAGAAGCUGCAGGAACACCAUGCCUCAUUGAAUCAGCGUAUGGACUUCCUGGAGAAGGCAAUGGGCGAUUCCUUCGAGAAGCAUGCCAAGGAGUUGGCGGCGACCGCGGCAAAGGUCGAAGCUGCGCACGGCAAGGUCUCUGAGGAGCGCGUGGCGCGGGAGGCCCACGCGGCUUCGCUGGACUCCCUCAAGAAGGCUCACACCAGCCUGCAAGGUGAGAAGCAGUCACUGGAGAAGAACCACUCAGCCCUGGCCGAGAGUCUUGAAAAGGCGCAUAGCGCACUAAGCAGCCAAAAGGCUCAACAAGAAGUCGCUCAUGCAUCUCUGAGGGAGCGUGUGGAGUUUUUGGAGUCUUCCCUCGGUGAGAAUGCCGACAAGCAUGGCAAGGCUCUAGCCGAGCUCAAAGCCUCACACAACAAGGUCCUGAGUGCGAAGGAGUCGAGUCACGCAUCGCUGACGGAGCGGCUUGCCUACAUCGAGCAGACGCUCGGCGACUCGGUAGCCAAGCAUGCCCAGGAGCUGGCAGAUGCUAAAGCCAAGCUCGGCGACAUGCACUCUCGAGUGUCCAAGUGUGAGGUCCAUGGAGACCACAUCGACUCACUCAAGAAAGCUCACUCUUCCAUGGCCGGAAACAAGGCCAAGCUUGAGGAGAAGCUAGAGGAACAUCACGCAACACUCUCCGAGCGCGUAAACAAUCUGGAGAAGGAGCUGGCGUCCACCGGUGCAAAGGUGGAUGCUGCGCACAGCCGAGUCUCGGACGAGCGUGCUGCCCGCGAGGCCCACGGCGCCUCCUUGGACUCGCUGCAGAAGGCCCACAGCACCCUGCAAAGUCAGAAGACUCAGCAGGAAGCCUCCCACGCCUCACUGAGGGAGCGCGUGGAGUUCCUGGAGUCUUCCAUCGGGGACAAUGCUGACAAGCACGGCAAGGCACUGGCUGAACUCAAAACUUCCCACCAAAAGCUGAUGACCGAUGCCAAGACCAAGGAGACUGCCCACUCCUCGAUGUCUGAGCGGCUCGUGUACCUUGAACAGCUGCUGGGCGAUUCAGCCACCAAGCACGCUCAGGAGUUGGCGGAUGCCAGGGCUAAGCUGGAUGACAUGCAUGCCCGGGUAUCGAAGUGCGAAGUCCAUGGAGAGCACAUCGAUUCGCUCAAAAAGGCUCACACCACGAUGGCCAACGGCAAGGCCGCUCUGGAGGAGCACCAUGCUGGACUUUCCGAGCGUGUCAAGUUCCUCGAGAAGGCGCUUGGUGACUCUGCUGACCGACACAGUGCUGAGCUGGCAACGACCAGAAGCAAGGUGGAGUCGCUCCACAGCCGUCUGGGCAUUGAACAGCAGGAGCGCAGCGUCAACCAGGCCAAGCAUUACUCGCUGGAGGAGCGCUUGAACUUCCUGGAGACAUACUUGGGAGAGUCGAGGGAGAAGCAUGGCUCAAGCGAACACAGCCGCCUGGAUGUGAAGCUUGAGGACCUUCGCGAUCAGAUCCACUCAGAACGCACGAUGCGCACACGGCAGGGCGAAGCCAUCAGCGAGCACCUGGAGAGUGAGAAGAGGGCAAGAGAGGCCUUGGAGGAGGCUGUGGCUCACCACAUGGCCAAUCACAAGCAAACUCUCGAGUCCCACGAGAAGCGUGUGCAAGAGCAGUUUGGCCACGAGCGGGUGGCUCGCGAGCGCCAUGCCGAUCAUGUGGAGGCUCUGGUGAAGCAAGAGAAGGAUGCCCGCGGGCAGCACCACGAGAUCCACACCGAUCUGAUCAGCAAAGAAAGGGCGGCCAGGCAGCAGAUAGAGGAGCUCCUUCAGAAGGAGACCAGUGAGCGCAGCCGCCACCACGAGACGAUCGGUGAACGUGUUCCUCGUCCGCCUCCAGAAGUUUCUUCCACGGGAGUUUGGCCGGCUAGGUUGUGUUGUAACCUCGCUUUGAAGCUUUAUCGAUCCGCUGAACGCUGCUUCCGAAAUCAAGCCUUGUUGGUUUGGUGGUUGAUGUUUUUGGGGCUGCUGGUUUUGGAUUUGUGUUCUUAA